GAAUUCCUAUAAAAUUUCAGUUUCUUCUUCUCCAAGUUGGAGGGACUCUUAGAAAAGCUUGGAUGCUAGGAUUUUAUGGAAGGGUUUAUGGUGUAACGAACUGAUCAACUUGUUAGAGCAAGAAAUCUCGAGGAUUGUUGAAGUGCAGCAGACAUGAGUUACCUUCUGAGAAAAAUUGCGAUUCGCGAUAAGAAAUCAAUCGUGGGAGUUGUUGCUGGGGCGGUUGCAGGGUCUGUACUGAUAAAUUGCGCGACUAGUGAUACUAAUUCAAAACUCUUCGUCUCUCUGCUAGAGCCUCUCCUUCGUAGCCUCUCACCUCACUGGUCGCUGUAUCUUCCGUCCAGCCUACCAGAGUACUGGCUCCCCGUCUUACCGGAAGGACAGCAGGAACGCCGCCUCGGCACCUCAGCAUUUCGUCUCUUCUCAGCGUCUCGUCUCUUCUCAGAAGCCUCUCAUCUGAAGCUUUCGAUUCCUAAGCCACUACAAGACUUCUUGACAUGGAAGUGGAGUAAUAUACAAGACAAAGACUUUUAUCCUGCAUAUCUGUUCUUUGGGGCUUCACAACCUAGUAGAUUUCCAUUUUUUGUUUCUAGAACAAGUGCAGACCCAUCAUCAUCAUCUGAUAUAAGCAAAGAAACUUCUACAGUGGCUGGUGGUGGUCCCAAACAUUCCUGUAAUUGUCUUGGCCGAGAUACUAUUGCCAAUGCAGCUGCAAGUGCUGGUCCUGCUGUUGUCAAUUUGUCAGUUCCAAAGGGUUUUCAUGGAUUGACUGUUGGAAAGAGUAUAGGAUCUGGUACUAUCAUAGAUGCAGAUGGCACAAUUUUAACUUGUGCACAUGUAGUGGUUGAUUUUCAAGGGUUGAGCCCCUCUUCAAAAGGGAAGCAGAUUGAUGUGACAUUACAAGAUGGUCGCACUUUUGAGGGUAUAGUGGAGAAUGCUGAUUUACAUUCUGAUAUUGCAAUUGUAAAGAUAAAAUCCAAAACUCCACUUCCAUGUGCAAAACUUGGUAGCUCAACUAAACUUCGUCCUGGAGAUUGGGUGAUAGCCAUGGGUUGUCCCCUUUCACUACAAAAUACUGUUACAGCAGGCAUUGUAAGUUGUGUUGAUCGUAAAAGUAGUGACUUGGGUCUUGGAGGUAUGAGGAGGGAGUAUUUACAAACUGACUGCGCUAUUAAUGCGGGAAAUUCUGGGGGACCUCUUGUAAAUAUUGAUGGAGAAGUAGUUGGUGUUAAUAUUAUGAAAGUAUUGGCAGCUGAUGGUUUGGGAUUCUCUGUGCCAAUUGAUUCAGUUUCCAAGAUUAUUGAGCACUUCAAAAAAAAUGGGCGUGUUGUUAGACCUUGGUUGGGUUUAAAAAUGCUUGAUCUCAAUGAUAUGAUUGUUGCACAGCUUAAGGAAAAAGAUUCUAGAUUCCCAAAUGUCAACCAAGGUGUUCUUGUACCCAUGGUGACUCCAGAUUCCCCGGCUGAGCAUGCUGGAUUUCAUCCAGGUGAUGUUGUGAUAGAGUUUGAUGGAAAACUUGUUGGGAGCAUCAAGGAGAUUAUUGAUAUCAUGGAUGAUAGGAUUGGACAACCACUGAAAGUAGUUGUAAAGAGAAGGAAUAAUGUUUGUGUAACAUUGACUGUGAUUCCAGUAGAAGCCAAUCCAAAUAUGUGAGGAAUUACUGCUUUCUCCUUGCUCUCAACUUUCCAUGGCUGAGCCCCUGUUUGGGGUCAUAUGUAGUUGAAAUCAAGAAACACAAUUUUUCAGCCUCUAUGAAAUGUUGUUAGGGCACAGUUAAUAUACAAUUU